GUUUAAAACUUGAAAAAAAGGUUGCCAAACUGUGGGGUGGCAUGUUGCCAAUUCAAUCGAAUACCACUGAAAAUUCUGCUUAAAUGCGCCUAAAUCUGAUCGCACUCAAACGAAAUGCUAACUUGAUUGACAAGUAUGGCGAGGAUGAAUUUCGAGGAUUGAUUAAUAUUAAUAAAAAAUCAUCCAAUUUCAAAGACUUCCUUCACGGCAUCGUUCGGCACAAAACCAGAGGCAUCCUUCUCUCACUAUACAUGAGACCAACAUUGAUGCAGGCUCCGUUCCAACAUGCUAUUGACAAUGCUACCCAGCAGGGUAUGCAGACGACAUUGAAAAAACUCUCAGAUCUCGAGUCAGAAAUCCCUCUGAUAAAAUCCUCGAUGGGGAACUUUCUCUCAAAAGUAGUAAUAUUCGAGCUUUUGGCCUUGUCGAAUCUUGGAGAGAUGCUGGUCGGAGGCUACCAUUUUUUGUCUCUUCCAGUUGACCCUUCAACAAAGGUCAAAGGUCAUGUGUGAAGAUUGGAUCACUCAUGCGUUUGAAGAAAGUAAAAUCAACAUGAUCAAAAUGAUUCCAGAAGCAUCUCAGACCAUAUCUGCAAUGAUUACAAUCCUAGAAGGAAAACAACUGCAAUUCCUGUUCCCAUUGGUCAAUAUUGAAUCCAAACUGUCCAAUCAGAUUGCAGAGAACCCAAACCCCUCCUCUAUCUACAAAUAAAAAUGUGACCUCUGACCUCUACACUGACCCUGGG